AUGGGGCCUAGUUUUGAGAUCCCAGAAACAACCACGGUUAAGAGGUAACAAAAGCCCUAAGCACGUUCAUCAAAAACAGCAGACCAAUAAAGAUCUAUCUGAAGAAACCACAUAAUGUAACCAAGUGAUUAUGCUUAAGCUGAGCAGUGAUUUUUGUAACCUGAGGCUUAUUUUUGAAAUACUGAAGUGUUUGAAUAAGAUAGAUGUGAAUGAUUAAACAGGUGAUCUUUUAUGAAAUGUUCAACAGUAAAAUGAUUUGUUCAUGAUUGAAAUAUUGAAUGUGAAGCAUGUUGUGUGAUCAAGCAAAUGCAGUGAUUUAAAGGAAUGAUUAUGUGUGACAAGUACUGUGUCUGAAAAGAGGAAGUUGAUUUUAAACUGCGCACUUACUAGAAAAGAGGAACUAGAGUGUUACCCAAUGUUGAGCAAUGCUUAGCCUCUACAGGGCAAUGAUUUUGACUUACAAAAUGUUGUUCCAAAUAUGGUAAAACCUUGUAAUGGUUAAUAAGUGCAAUGAUCUCAUGCAGGAUGCAGACCCAAGUAUGGGUAUUAGAAAUCAUGUGUAAUCCUUCUGAAAUGUAAUGUAAUCAGAGUAUAUUCAAUGGGUGUGUAUUGGGAAUGUGACAAUGAAUCACCAUGACUAGGCAACUGAGCCCUCAGACACUGGGUGUGUAUUGAGAGAUAACUGUAUAAAAAGAGGAGACAGAGACAAAGUAUUCGGAGUUCUCGGAGUUCUCUGAGUUGUUGGAGACGUCGAGGGGCUUAACACUGGGUUAAGCCUGCCAGAGUUCUUUGAGGACAUCGCUGGAAGAAAAGUUCUCCGGACUUUGUUCAAGAAAAGAAGACCAAACUCUGCUGAUGAAGAAAAGUUCCAGUCGGUCUACAGAGUCACCAAGAAGAGAAGAAAGAAGAAUAGCCGCCGAGCCAAGGAGGGGAAGACGGUAUCGGAGACGACAGCUGGAGGCUGCCCUCACCCAGAGAGACGGGAGAGUCGGGGACUUUCCACCACUGUUCAUCUGCCCAGGUCAUCGGGGCUUCCUCACCACCGUUCCAGCUUCUGCUUCUAAAGACAUCUGCAAGACCAAGAUUGGCUUUUUUGGGACUUUUCCUGCUCCCCCUGCCGAGGAACAACAAUUUUUGGACCGAAAGAGACCUUUUACGGGGUUUCCAGAUCCACUACUGAGUUCAUCCAGACGCAGGUCAGACAUCGGGCGUGGCAGCUAAGGCCAAGUUGCCCGUUCUCUCUGUCUCCCAAAAUAUACUGAUUAGAGAAGAUACUUAGAAAGGCUCAGUUUUAAUAAUUCUUAGUGUAAUUGAUUUGGUUUAAUUAUAAUUGUUAUUGCCUAAUCAAAACUGAUGCUAUGCCCUUGCUGAAUUUAUUCAAUAAAACGCUAUAUUGCAUUUAAAGAGAAGAUUAAUGUAUUUUUUAUAAUUCAUAUGCUUUGCAUGCCAGUAAAAAGUUAAGUCUAUUGUGUGCAUUAAAACUAAGAGGUUCCUAAAGGUUGCUUUAGUCCUAACAGUGAUUUUAAAAUCUUACCCUUGAGGUUUUCUGUUCCUAACCUCUAAAACUAACCUAGGAAUAUCACCAAGUGCAAACAGAAAUAAGAGGAAAGCUGUCGUUAACAGACGUGACUGAUAGGUUGCUUGGUUACUUAGGCUACUUAGCUGGGCUGCACAUCAGAGUAAGAAGGGUGAAGCGUUUGGAAGUAGACAGUAAGAACCUAGGCGAGUAUUCCUCGACACCAGCUUAAUCAUUCUGCUGAAUCCUGUUAGAUAAACCACUAAUAGGCAGAUAGAAUCUAACCCUAAGAAACGGAGAGCUGGUCCUGAUUUAUCCUUAGCAGGUUAAAGAAGGCAGAUCUGACGACAUGGCGUCCCUGGGUGGGCACUGCUAAUCCAGCAGUGUCAAGAAGAAGAUUCUGGGAGCCAGGGCGGCUUCUAGAGUCGUCACCAGAACCUGACGGGUGGAGAUUGGAGAAGAAAAGGCAGUUUCUUCCGUCCAAAGAUCCACAGCCAAGAAGUGAUUGACUGAGAGGGAACUCAGGAUCACCACCCCUGCAUAGAAGUGCAACGGAGCACCGCAGGAUAGAGACGCAGCGACGAGGAGACCUGAUCAUCUCCAAGGGCCGCAGCGGAGUAGCCCAACCGAGUCUGCAUUCAUCCCUACUCAAAGGUCCUACGAGAGGCUUUGAAGAAGCAGACGACUCGUGAAGACAAAGACAAAGACAAAGAUCAUGGAAGUCAGCGACCAGGGCCACGAUGAGGGCGCCGGGGCGACGAUUCCUGACAUAAUAGGGGUACCAGACACCGAGGCUCGUAGAGCUGAAGAAGACGAGAUAGAAGAGACACCUCAAGACGAGGUAGAGCAAACCAGAAUCCAAGAGUUCCUGGAAGAAGCAAAGAAAAGGGCACCAACCCCGAAGAAAUCUCCAACCUACAGGUACCAGGUUGUGUUAGCAGGGGACGGAUGGAGCACCUGGGAAGACGCAGUAAAACAGCAUGUGCAAGGCUUCAACCCGAGCUUGGCAACAGAAGAGUUGAAGGCACUAAUGCAAAAGAGCCUCCAAGAAGACAACUCCUACACCUCCAAGGGGUUCAUCGACAACCAGUGGCAAGUGGUGCUGAAGUGUCCUGCCAAGCCGCCCAAGAAGAAGCAAGAAGUAGAAGAGUGGUUGGUGUGGUGGUCGAACUACCUGGUGGAGGUACUACGAGCAGCCCCCAUGUCUAAGGCAACUGCGCUGGUGAGUCCUUCUGCAGGCUACGACUCUAUAGUGAAAGCGUUGGCCAAAGAAACCGGGCUGACAGCGGUCCUGGUCUCCAACAAAGUAAGAGCAACCUCUAUCCAACAAGACCUGAGAAAACAUCUGAAAGCGAUGCAUCAAUAUCGGGCCAGAAGCGACGGGCUGCCCGCCGAAGUAGACCGAGAGAGCACGUGUACGAGGCAGGAUUCAGCUUCGGAGUCGGAGGAAGAGGAGCCAGACGGCCAGGUGGGGGACCAGGAAGGUGAUGAGGAAGGUGACUGGGCAGGCGAAGAACCUGACGAAGACCAGCGCAGCCCAAGUCCCGGACCCAGCGGAUGGAACCCUCCAGAUCCAACGCCCUGCCCAAGUCCAACGUGGGACCUCAGCCGUCUGACCCCAGACACCAGAGCCCGAGCACAGGCGACAGAAGAGGCAGUUCAAGCCCUGAAGAAGUUCAACAAAGUUUACAGCGAAAAGCGCAAAAAGGGCCUGGAAGCAGACGAAGCGGCCCGGCAACUCAUAGCGUAUGACCUCCUUCUGAGCCUCACUCUUCUGACUGUGGUGCAACUCCCUGAAUCUUGUCGUUCUCCCCUGUGAGUGUGAGUAAGAGACAGAGAGGCGAGUCAAAGGUUAGGGGGGAGAAAACCGACACCAUCUGGCAGUGAUUACAUCUCUGAAGAGAGGCUGAAAUAUCACACUGUGUUUGUGCCUUCACCAAAUACCAGAUGUCUGACUCUGCAUCCAUUUAAUAGUCAUCUAUGUUCACAAGGUAGUCAUAAGCUUUGUGCAGCUGCAGUUUGAUCCCAGGAAGGUAAAGUACAAUCAGAGCGGUUUCCUACAGAGGCUGGAGGCGACAUUGAUGAGCGAGGUGAGGCUGAAACAAAACAGUAAAGCUGUGUUCUUUAAAACUAAAACAGAGAGCCAAAGAUGCCAAGAAGCUCCAUAGGCCUAUAUGCUUAGCACUAAUCCCUCCUAUGUUACACUGGACCCAUUCUUCAUACGAAAAUAUUUAUUAGUACAACCUACAUGAAGCCAACAUGGCCACAGUUAGCCACGGAUAUCAUCCUGCCUUCACAACCUGGCAACCCAAAGUGUCUAUUAUUGAUAUUCUGCAACAACUUAUGACUGUGUAUCAUUAAUUAAACCUGAAUAUUUACCUUUAAAUGCAACAUUAGUGGAAAAUCAUAAACUUAUCCAAGCAAAUUGUUUUGUUCUGUUUGUAUUGUUUAUCUGUUCUCUGUCUGUUAUCCUUCUAUCCCCACCCCACAUCCUCCUUCUAUCCCCCUCACCCACCAUCCCCAUUCUCACCCCACCCAGUCGAGGCAGAUGGCUGCCUUUCCUGAGCCUGGUUCUGUCGGAGGUUUUGUUUUUCUUCCCUGUUCAGGAUAAAUACCGAUUCGCACAAUCUACAGUUAGCUACCAUAUACUGUAUAUACACUACCAUUCAAAAGUUUGGGGUCUCUUAGAAAUGUCCUUAUUUUUGAAAGGAAAAACAUUGUUUUUCAAUGAAGAUAACAUUAAAUUAAUCAGAAAUACAGUCAAGACAUUGUUAAUGUGGUAAAUGACUAUUCUAUCUGGAAACAGCUAAUUUUUAAUGGAAUAUCUCCAUAGGGGUACAGAGGAACAUUUCCAGCAACCAUCACUCCUGUGUUCUAAUGCUACAUUGUGUUAGCUAAUGGUGUUGAAAGACUCUCUGAUGAUUAGAAAACCCUUGUGCAGUUAUGUUAGCACAUAAAUAAAAGCGUGAGUUUUCAUGGAAAACAUGAAAUUGUCUGGAUGACCCCAAACUUUUGACCUGUAGUGUAUAUACACUACCAGCCUCAAUUUUUCCAGUUUUUCAUUGAAAUUCAAGUAGUUCAAGUCCAAUGAAUAGCUUGAAAUUGUACAAAGGUAAAUGGUGAACUGCCAGAGGUUUAAAAAAAGAAAAAGGUAAGGUUGUCGAACACUGAAAAAUAAUGUCCAUUUCACAAUUAUACAAAAAGGCCUUUUUCAGGAAACAAGAAAAGGGUUAACAACUUAAAGCUGUUCUGCAGCAAUGGAAGUUGAUCAAGCCUUGAAAGUUGCUGCUAUCAAAUCCUAAAGGUGUUGGAGCUUUUCUUGAUUACUUACAACCCCCUCUGUCUGCAUAAAAGUAUUGUUGGAACACACUGUGGCACUAUACCCUCUAGAACAUUAUCUGAACAGUAUUGUGCUGCAGAAAGUAGUGUGUUGCUAUAAAAAUGGAGAGGAAAAGGCAAUUAUCAAUAGAACAGAGACAGACCAUCAGAACACUUAAAAAUCUAGAUCUUUCCUACAGAGAAAUUGUGAAGAAACUCAAAGUGUCAGUGAGUACAGUUUUCUUCACCAUCAAAAGGCUCAGAAACUGGAGGAAACUCUGACAGGAAGAGGUCUGGAAGACCCAAAGCCACAACAGAAUCAGAAGACAAGUUUCUGAAAGUCAACAGCUUGGUGAUAGGAGCUCAUAGGAGAGCAGCUCAAAGCACAACUUAAUAGUGGUCGUAGUAAGAAGUCUCAGUUUCAACUGUGAAGAGCAGACUUGGAGUUGUAGUUGUACAGAGUGAGAGGAACCCUUUCUAUAUUGAUUUUUUUUUUACUUGAUUUGUUUAUUUGUUCUAUGCUUUCAUUUCAGAGUACAAUUAGACAUUAACAUGCACAGUUUCCAAUAAAAAAAAAUGGAAAAAUUGGGGUUUUCUAAACCUUUUGAUCAGUAGUGUACAUUCACGUAUAGGAUCUUUCCCUCACAUCCUGGGAAAAAUGUCUAUUAUUGAUGCUCUGCAACAACAUGUGGCAUCAUCGUGCUCGGCUGUAUAGCUCAGUGAUUAACACCCCUGACUUUAGCACGGGAUAUUGGUGGUUCAAAUCCUGCGCAUGGUGCAGUUGUCCAAUGAGGACAAUUAAACAAGGUCCUUAGUGCCGCACUGCCUACCUACCUCAUGUUGCAUCUCUUCUCAGAUGUGCUUUGCUUUGGAUAGAAGUGUCUGCUAAAUGAAACUGCAGAACCAUUAUUAGUGGAACAUCCUAAUCUCAUAAAAGCAAACCUAAUUGAAAUAGAUACUCAUUUACUAAUUUAUAAUGGCAACCUAUUAUAAACCAUUGCACAACACAGAUGUGUUCUAUUUUCAUGCACCAGAGUUUCCUGAGAGUUGCUUCCCUUCUUCUAGCCUUAUCACUCCUGUAAUUAGUUUCAGUGCAGAAAGAGUAAUACUCAGCCAGUCCUUCACACUGACUAGUGUUUUCGGCGCCCGAUGAUCAAAGUGGGGGAAAUGGGCACUGCCAGACAUGCCUUGGGCAGGGCUACCAAGCAGCUCCCUGUAUGUUUGGAGAUACGGGUUAUUAACUGCAGUCUACGUGCCUUUAUGAUACUGUGUUUUGCCGUGUUGGGUGGGUUUCACUGAGGGAUUUGUUGAGGUCUCCGUGUUGAUAAAGACUGCUGACAGACAUAUGCAGAAAUAUGACCAUAAACAAAAACAAACACACAAGCAAAGCAUGUUCAAAGACAAAUAUCAGAUCUUAGAGGAUGAGAUUAACUGGACUUUAUCAUGUUUAUUACAAGGUAUCCUCCUAAUAAUAUUUAGAUGAUGGUAGUGUUUAUCUCUGAAACGUUAUAAACCAGCUUACUGUGAUGAUAAUGAAAGUCAGAGUGCUGAAACACAACCCUAGUAUAAAGACUAUAAAGACUGACUGUAUAAAGCCAGAAAAACAAGAAAACUUCUAAUUCCACUAACAAAUAUUAACACAAGGAUUGAAUGCUGUCAGGCAGCCAGUGGCAGCCCAUAAAUGAUCUGCAGAGGGUCAAACCAGCUGAGGGUCAGAAACAGGCAUUCCCGAAAACCGUGAGUGGACAUCAUCAUCUUCGUCAUCUCCAUUUCCUGUUCUUGUUUACACUGGAUGUUCUUUCAGAAGACAGAGCUGCUGUGACUAUCAGAAAUGUUAGACACUAUCCAACGUGUCAGAUCGUAGCUGAGAUUUCGUACGUGGCUGUGCCAAAACAAGCUGAGGGUGAAAAAGACCAUUUUCAUUACUCAGCCAGCAAAAGCUUAAAGGCAAUAUUUUAAAAUGAUGUGGAUAAUGAAUUAUGUAAUCAUACAGGACUCUGGAAAUUAGCAAAGAAUAAUAGGAGGUAAAAAUAAGGACAGGUCAGGAUUCAGUGCAAGAAUUUGAACUUGACCAAAUAUUUCCUAGUUUUUGACUUAGGAGUUACAUCUUAUUUUAAAUCUUUCUGUGUUAAAUGUUAUAAAACACAGAUAUCCAUACAAAUUAUGUAAUGUGUUAAGCGACUACAUGUUUUAAAAAAUCCUGGGUGAAGCAUGGAAGAUAUAGAGACCUGAACAUACAUGAUUAAACCUACUACAUACAGUAGGCUCAUACAUACCAGAUAAGAGCACAUGAAAUAUACUAUAACAGGGUAAUAUGAAGCCUGGAGUCAGUUGUCAAUAGUUUUACUGCUGUUGAGAAAAGCAUGCUGACCAGUUUAAUCACAAUGUGUUAGCUGUUUGGGUUAUCUCAAGAAAUAGUGUUAAUCGCCUCCUAUGGAAGUCUUUUUUUUCACCUUGUUAGCAAAUUAUGAACAAAAUAAGCAGUUAACAUCAUGGCUGAGUAUUUCCACCUAGAAACUGCAGUGUACCAACGACAGUCUCAGAAACACACAUUCAGAUUUUUAGGGUUUCAUACAUCACAAACCUAAACAACCAAUCCUGUCUCCUUGCAGGGUGGGCUUUUCCAUCUUAUUAUACUUUUUCAGAAACUGGUUUCCUGUUCAAACAUGUAUGUCUCAAUUGUCCCAACCUCAUAACUCUGUUGCAUAAAGUAGUUUCAUAGUGUCUGAGCAGAGUCAUUGGUGAGCUGGUGUGCUCCAGCUGGAGUGUGUAGUAGAGGAGAUUGUGAAGAAAGAAUAAAUAAACACAUUUUUUAUGCAAAAAAUUUCUAAAAAUGUCAUUUUGUUACAAAGACUUUCAGAAGUUUAACCAAAUAUUGUAUUUUUAUUGUUAGCUAUGUGUCAUAAUUGAAUUUCCGAUGGAUUUAAACAUUGAUUGAAGUAUGCAAUUAUUUCUGACUUUUAUUGGCUGUACUAAUGCAAGAGCUGAAAACAUCAACUUGGUCACAAUAAGCUAAUUAUUAAAUGGAGUAUCGAGACAAACGAGCAACAAUAACUGCCCGUCUCAGUUGUUUUUGUUGUCCUCCGUAAGUCUGGUUUACAAUUGUGACUGUGCUUUUUCAAAACUACUCAGCCUCAU